CCUUGAACCACUAAAUGAUAAAGAUAUGGCAUAGUAAUAUUUAAAAGCUUCAGUGAUAAGACUAGUCAGAGAACUAGUUGAUGACGGUAAUGUUCACAAAUAUGUACUGGAUUAUUUUUAUUGCUUUGAUCGCACCAAUCUGCGAGAGUAUACAAAAGGAUACAAAAAAGUACGAUUUUGAGUUAGUUUACCAAUGGAAACUGUUACAAUUUAAGUUUGAAAGUGAAGCAGAACGAUCGGAAGCCCUUAAUAAUGGCAGCUAUAAAAUUAAUAAUAUUCGCCCCAUCGAUGCACAACCUACCUACAAUGAAAAGUCCAAAAAAGAGCGAAUUUUUAUAACAAUCCCAAGAACUGAGCUCACUGGAACCCCGGCCACUUUAGGCGUGGUUACCGAAGAAACUCGCGAUGGAAGUCCAAUAAUUGAGGCUUAUCCUUCACGGUCUUGGCAUGUGGAGUUGGAAAAGUGUAAUGAACAUCGAAUUGUGUCAGUUUUUAGAGUUUGGGCUGACGAAUGUGGGAGACUUUGGGUAAUGGACAACGCCAAAGUGGGCGAGGUUUUUCCUUGUACACCACAAAUUCUAGCUUUCGACUUGGAAACUGACACUCUGUUGUACAAAUAUGAGCUGCCAUAUGACCAAUACCAAAAUGUUUCAUUAUAUCUAACGCCAGUUGCAGAAAUUGAAAGUAUGAAGGAUAAUUGUAAAAAAACCUGGCUGUAUGUGUCUGAUUCUGAUGGUCCCAGGUUACUGGUAUAUAAUUUGGAAAAAAACGUUUCCUGGGCAAUUCAGGAUGAGAGCUUUAAGCCGGAUCCCAAUUACGAAAAUUAUACCAUUCAAGGUGACAGCAUCCAAGUGGCGGAUGGUAUUUUAUCAGUGGCCUUAAGCCCUAAAACUGAUCACCCUAAAGAGAGGAAACUGUUUUAUCAUUCAAUGUCAAACAUACGAGAAUCGUGGGUUUAUUUAAAAGAUCUGAAAAAUCCAGAAAACUUCAAAAAACCUUAUGGCUCCCCUCAGUUAUUUCAUACUUAUCCUACAACAAGAGAUCAACAGAGUCCGGUUGAAGCAAUUGAUAGUAAAGGACUGGUGUAUUUUGCACUAUUGAUUGAUGUACUUAUCGUUAAAUGGGAUCCAACCACAUCGUAUAAAAGGCAAAAUUUUAAAGUAAUUGCAGAUAAUAAAAAUACUAUGCAGUUUCCUACUGGCUUUAAGAUACCACCUCAUAAUCCUGAUGGUAAAGAUGUUUUAUGGGUAUUCCCAACAGCAUACCAGAAGUUUCAAAAAGAAUUAAAUGGAAGCGAGGUUAAUUUCAGGUUAUUCCGUGCCGAGUUAUAACUAAUUACAUUUUGAAUUAAAAAAUGUUAUCAAAUAAAGUAA